AUGGCGAUCACAGCAGCGCUAUCCUUCGUGCAAUACAGCAUUUUGCAUUACCCUCUCCAGUCUUUCGCGGCAGCAGUCCUGAUUGUUCCCUUCAUCUAUGUCAUUGCCAACGAGUUCAUUCGUGCAUCCGUUCGGGUACCAGGAUUUGAAGGUCCCCGGGGUCUUCCUCUGAUUGGCAACCUCGCCCAAAUUCGGAAGAAUGCUGCCGAGCAAUAUCGUAUAUGGUCGAAGACUUAUGGCCCUGUCUAUCAGAUCCAGCUGGGGAACAUCCCUGUCAUAGUCGUCAACUCGGCGGCCGCGGCCAAGGUGCUUUUCGGUCAGAAUGCGCAAGCGCUGAGCUCAAGACCUGAGUUUUAUACCUUCCAUAAGAUUGUUUCCAACACAGCCGGCACAACGAUUGGCACCUCUCCCUAUAGUGAGUCAUUGAAGAGGCGGAGAAAAGGUGCCGCAUCGGCUCUGAACCGGCCCUCGGUGGAUUCGUAUGUCUCUCACUUGGACGUGGAGAGCAAAGCAUUCGUUGCGGAGCUCUACAAAUACGGCCAUAGUGGGAAAACACCGGUGGACCCCAUGGCAAUGAUACAACGUCUCAGCCUGAGUUUGUCCUUGACCCUAAAUUGGGGGGUGCGGGUGGCCUCUCAGGAGGAGGAUCUAUUCAAUGAGAUCACGCAUGUUGAGGAAGAGAUCAGCAAAUUUCGCAGUACGACCGGCAAUCUGCAGGAUUACAUCCCUCUUUUGCGGCUUAACCCUUUCAGCAGUAACUCUAGGAAGGCAAAGGAGAUGAGGCAACGUCGUGACAAGUAUCUGGGUGCGCUCAAUCGGGAUCUGGAUGAUCGGAUGGAGAAAGGAAUCCAUAAGCCGUGCAUCCAAGCCAACGUGAUAUUGGACAAGGAGGCAAAAUUAAAUUCGGAGGAACUCAUUUCUAUCAGCCUGACCAUGCUCUCUGGGGGCCUCGACACCGUUACAACACUAGUAGCUUGGAGCAUCUGCUUACUCUCUCGCCGUCCUGACAUCCAAGAAAAGGCUGCCCGGGCGAUACACAUAAUGUUUACGGAAGAUAAACCCUUGUGUGACUCUGGCGAUGAUCAAAAAUGUGCCUAUGUAGCUGCGCUCGUGCGGGAAUGCCUGAGAUAUUACACCGUUCUCCGUCUCGCACUGCCUCGGACCUCGAUUCGAGAUAUCACAUAUGAUGGCAAGGUUAUCCCGAAAGGCACUGUUUUUUUUCUGAAUGCCUGGGCGUGCAACAUGGAUCCCGAGAUUUGGAGCGAUCCCGAAGAAUUCAGACCAGAGAGAUGGUUCGAACAGCCAGAUGCACCCAUGUUUACCUACGGCAUGGGCUAUCGCAUGUGCGCGGGUUCACUACUUGCCAAUCGUGAAUUAUAUCUGGUCUUCAUGCGUACUUUGAACAGCUUCCGCAUUGAACCGCAUGACGACGUCGACUGGCAUCCGAUCAGCGGCAACUCGGAUCCUACGAGCUUGGUAGCGAUACCCAAAAAAUACAAGGUCCGAUUCAUCCCCAAGAAUGCAAAAGCUCUUGCGCGAGACUUAUUUUGA